AUGCUUCCGUCGGUUCAGGGUGAGAAGUUGAUCAGAGAGCUUAAUUUCUUCCCAAAGGAGUCCAUCAACAUCGUCGAAAAGCGUUUCAAGUUUCCCAAUUUCGUUGACCCCGACGUUUCCGACGUUUCCGCCGUAGACUUGGGUCACCAUGCCGGCUACUACACAAUUCAGCAUUCUCAUGCUGCUAGAUUCCCUGCUCCUCCUCCUUCUCCAAUUCAACAAUUGUCGCUACUUGCCAAGAGAUGCAAUGCCGUCAACCUCGCCGAAGGCUUCCCCGAUUUCCCUACUCCUCUCCACAUCAAGAACGCCACCAUCUCCGCCAUUGUUCCCGACUUUAAUCAAUACAGGCAUGUUCAAGGAAUUUGUGACGAUGUGGCAAAGAUUAUGAAACAUAUGCAUGGCUUAGAUUUCAACCCUCUAACAGAUAUAGCUAUUUGCUAUGGUCAAUCUGAGGCAUUUGCAGCAACAAUGUUUGCAAUAAUAGACAAAGGUGAUGAAGUUAUUUUGUUUGAUCCUUCAUAUGAAACAUAUGAAGCAUGUAUCAGUAUGGAUGGAGGCAUUCCAGUAAGCUUCUUUACUUCACCACCUUUUUGGACUUUGGAUUCUGACAAACUCAUGAAAUCCUUUACUACUAGAACAAAAGCUAUAGUAUUGAACAGCCCUCAUAAUCCAACUAGAAAAGUAUUCACCAAAGAUGAGCUUGAGACAAUUGCUGGAGCUUGCCACACCAGAGAUUGCCUAGCUAUAACUGACAAAGUAUACGAGCAUAUUACUUAUGACAACAAGACACAUAUAUCCUUGGCCUCACUUCCGGGAAUGCAAAGGCAAACUAUCAUCACAUUUUCCUUGUCCAAGACUUACAGUGUUACAGGUUGGAGAAUUGGAUGGGUGGUUGCUCCUGCUUGUAUUACAUCUGCAAUUAGAAAUAUCCAUACUAAAUUAACGGACUCUGCUCCAGCACCUUUCCAAGAAGUUGCCUUGACUGCUAUGAGAAGCCCUUUAGAAUACUUUGAAUCGUUGAGAAGGGAUUAUGAAUCAAGAAGAAGUUACACUAUCAGGUUGCUUGUUGGGGUUGGCUUCCAGGUUCAAUUUAAGCCUCAAGGUUCAUUUUUUCUAUUUGCAGAGCUUCUUGAGAAUUGUGCGCUAUCUGAUGUACGUGUCUUCUUUACCUAG